AUGGAAGAUGCUGGGGCCCCCCCGCUCUGCUUCCCCAGCCUGAACUCCUCCUGCAGGCGGCUGCUGCGGCCGCGCUCAGAGACCGCUCUCCUCUACACGCUGCUGGCCUCCGUCUCCCUGCUCACCGUGACCCUCAACCUGCUGGUCAUCAUCUCCAUCUCUCACUUCAGGCAGCUCCACACCCCCACCAACUCCCUGCUCCUGUCCCUGGCCGUGUCCGACCUGGUGGUGGGGCUGCUGGCCAUGCCCGUGGAGGGCCUGCGUCACAUGGAGACGUGUUGGCUGCUGGGGAGGCUGAUGUGCGCUCUGACUCCUUAUCUGUCCUACUGUCUGCUCUCUGCCUCUUUGGGCAACAUGGUGCUCAUCUCUAUAGACCGCUACCUGGCCAUCUGCGACCCGCUGCUCUAUUCCUCCAAGAUCACACUGAACAGGGUGAAAGUGUUAAUCUGUCUGUGCUGGGCCUUCUCUCUUCUCUAUAAUGGGCUGAUUCUGAUGGACCACUUGGCGUGGCCGGAGAGAUACAACUCCUGCCACGGAGAGUGUGUGGUGGUCAUUAGCUUCAUCUCAGGAAUUGUUGACCUCUUCGUCACAUUUGUCGGGCCCUGUUCCCUCAUGGUGGUUCUGUACAUACGGGUGUUUGUGGUUGCUAUUUCUCAAGUGCGUUUAAUUCGACAUGCUGCCGCUACUAAUACGAGAUCAGGUUUAACUGCUAGAAUAUCAGAGAGGAAAGCAGCCAGGACUCUUGGGAUAGUGAUCGCUGUGUUUCUAUUGUGCUUCUGCCCGUAUUACUAUCCCUCUCUCGCGGGUCAGGACACCUCCAAUAGCUUGUCGUACUUUGCCAUUCUGUCCUGGGUCAUGUUAAUGAACUCCUGCAUGAACCCUCUGAUUUACGCACUGUUCUACCCCUGGUUUAGAAAAUCUAUCAAACUUAUCAUAACGCUUAAGAUACUGCAGCCUCGCUCAAAGGAAGUCAACAUCCUAUCGACAUAG